AUGGAAAACCCGAUAAUAAAGAUAUUACCAAAGGUGGAUGAAUUACUUUCUGGAAAAAAAAAGUUAAAAUUUCCUCUUCAAAUUGAUCCCUUGACUUAUACAUACGAAUUGUGGGCAAUUAACUUCGGCGGAGUAAAAUAUGAUGUGGACGGAUAUGUUCAGGAAGUAGAAUAUAUAAGACUUAUGUAUCCCGUUGACGAAUCGAAUUUCUCUAAAAGACACUGGAUUCGUGAAUGGCGAAAAGCGUUUUUGCGGAAUGUCAACAAAUUGGAUUUUCAUUCGAUCGAGAUAUAUCCGUGUCCUUUCUUAGUUUCUGAAUUAGACGUGAAAAACCUUGCUGAUGAAAUUACACCGUUGAUGAGUGUCGCUGUUAUUGUUGUAACAAUUUUCUGUGCAAUGUCAUAUACGACAAACAGUUGGGUAAAGAGUAAACCUUGGAUGGGAAUUGCUGCAGUUGUGUCUGCUGGAUUAGCGGUGGUUUCUUCUUUCGGUUUGAUGGGUGCGUGUGGAAUUGAAAAUGUCAACUCUAAUAUUCUGUCGCCGUUUCUAAUUUUCGCUACAGAGAUUGACGACGCCUUCGUGAUAGUAGCAAAUUGGAGAGUUACAGAUGUUGAAGACAGCGUGAAAGCACGAAUGGGGAAAACUUAUUCCAAAUCUGCUGUUUCUAUUACCAUAACAACGUUGACAAAUAUUUUAUCUUUUUGCAUAGCGAUGACUGCAGCGUUUCCUGAUGUGAGGAUAUUCUCUUAUUACGCAACGACUUGCGUGUGCUUUACUUAUUUGUAUCAGAUUACGUUUUUUGGAUCGUGCUUGGCACUAAGUGGAUACAGAGAAGAACAUCGUCUUAAUGCAUUUACCUUUAGGGUUACAAAAAAAAGCUCCAACGAGCACGAUUUAGAAGAGAAAUACGAAUUCGUUUUUAUGAAGUUCUUCAGAGAUUAUGUCGCCGAAAUUCUUUCUCGUCCUUUUGUCAAACUGGUCGUUAUUUUAUUGUACAUAAUUAAUCUUUCAAUAGGUAUUUGGGGAGUAACAUUGUUACAAGAAGGCAUCAACUUCUCUACAUUUUAUCCAAAACAUUCGAAAGUAGCAAAAGCAUAUCAAAUAUAUUACCAAUAUUUUAUGGAAUUUGCGCAUCCUGUUCAAAUUGUCAUCAACACAACGUUAGAUUAUUCCCAAGUAGACGUUCAGAAAUCGAUAGAAAACUUAAUGAUGAAAUUCCAAUCUCACCCAAACGUCGCCGGUUCAGAACUCGACGUUUCCUGGUUGAAAUAUUACAAAGAAUUUCCGAAUCAUCCGGUAUCGACAUUUUCCAUGAGUGUUUAUGAUAUGACACAAAAACAAGAUUUUAUUGCCGGACUUCUCCACGUGUUUUUGAGACUUAAAGCAGCCAAACAAUUUUCGACUGAUAUAAAUUUUAAUAACAAUUACACAGAUAUUAUCCGAAGUCGUUUUUUUGUUUUAACGAAAAAUAUGUUUGAUAAAGAUAUUGAUAGUACCGUAUUAACCGAUCUGAAGAAAAUAGCAAAAGAAUCUGAUUUACCAAUUAUUGUCCAUUCUUGUUUUUUUCCUUUGGCAGAAUAA